UUCAGUCCUCCAGACGACAGGGGGCAGUAAUGCAUAAACAGGAAGAACCUCACCGCCACCAGUCAGAACUUCCGGUUUGGCGUUUGGAGCACGCGGAUGCUAAAGGACGAUGGCGUCUACGGAGGAGGAAUACCCGUAUGAGAUCGACGAGCAGCUGCGGAGCUUCGACUCCUCCGUGACUGCGGUGAAAUCCAUGUUGGACAAACUGAUGUCGAUGUCCAGAAACGAGCUGCUCGUGAAGCUGGAUCCUUUGGACCAGGCCAAACUGGACCUGAUGUCUGCGUACACCCUAAACUCGUUGUUCUGGGUGUAUUUGGUGACUCGAGGAAUAAACCCCAGAGAACACGGCAUCAAACAGGAACUGGAGCGAAUCCGGGCGUACAUGAACCGAGUCAAGGAGAUUACAGACAAGAAGAAGGCGGCGCGCCUGGAUAAGGGCGCCGCCUCCCGCUUCAUCAGGAGCGCCCUUUACGAGCCGGACGACAAAGACUCCGGGAAAAAGAACGAGUCUAAAAAACAAGCAGAUUCCACAGCCGCAGAGCCGCCUCCAAAACGACAGAAACAGAGGAAGUGAAGGAGGAAGUGUGUGCUCCCAUGGCAGCACGCCAUCCACACAGAGGAGAUGAAGAGUUCCUGAGUGACAGCAGCUCACCUGCUGUUGGUGGAAGGAAUCCUCUGAAAUCAUUUUGGACACAAACAGGAGGAUUCCAUGAAUCUCACUGUUUUACGUUAGUGUUGAGUUACACUUUCACUCACCUUUGUUUGUCUUUUUUUUUUUU